CCGCGUCCUGUCCACGCUGGCCGCCCGCGUGCAGGAGGACCCUUUCCGCAAGGUGUCGGGGGGAAGCGGAGCGGACCUGAUCGUGCGUCUGAUGGAGGAGGCGAACGAGGAGGCCGAGCACAAAGGCUGGUGCGACACCGAGCUCAGCACGAACAAGCAGACCCGCGAGGAAAAGACCUCCGCCGUGGAGACGCUCCACGCGGAGAUCGACGAGCUCGAGGCGUCCAUACAGACGCUGGCGCAGGAGAUCGAGGACCUCGCUCUUGCCAUCGAGGAGCUCGACAAGGCCAUGGCCGAGGCGACGGAGCUCCGGCAGCAAGAGAAGGCGGAGAACCUUGCGACGAUCAAGGACGCGAAGGAGGCCCAGACCGCCGUCGCGGAGGCGCUUGCGAUUGUCAAGGAAUUUUAUGCCAAGGCCGGCGAGGCCACGGCGCUGGUGCAGCAGCAGCCGCCGCAGGCGCCCGAGAUCUUCGACAGCCCCUACAAGGGCAUGCAGGGCAUGUCGGGUGGCGUUAUCGGUAUGUUGGAGGUAAUCGAGGCGGAUUUCGCGCGCUUGGAGGCGGACACUGCGGCGUCCGAGGAGGCCUCUCAGAAGGCCUACGAUACGUUCAUGACCGACUCCUCCGCGGACAAGGAGGCGAAACAGACAGACCACGACCACAAGACGGCCAAGAAGGAGGAUCAGGAGCAGAUGCUGGGCUCGAAGAAGGAGGACCUCGCCAACACCCAGAAGGAGCUCGACGCCGCGAUGGCGUAUUUCGACAAGCUGAAGCCCUCUUGCGUGGACGCCUCCGUGAGCUACGACACCCGCGUGAGCAACCGCAAGGAGGAGAUCGAGUCGCUCCAAGAGGCCCUGAAGAUACUGAACGGCGAGGACAUCCCCUGAGCGCAGCAAGCGGGGCGGCAGACGGCCCGCUGGGAGCCCCCAGGAUGUGCCGUGCGCCUCGCGGUCCAAAGUGUCCGCCUCGCUCCUUCUCGCUCGGGACCUGGCGC